UGGGCGAGGAGGGCGCCAUGCACCCCGAGGCCCGCGCGGGCGGCGGGAGGGACACGGGGGCGACUCGGGACACCGCUGGCGGCGGACCCCUCCCCAGCCCGACAGGUGAGCGCGGGCGGGCCUCGGGGCGGAGCUCGCCGGCUCCACCGGCCACCCUCCGCGCCACCGCCGCCGCCAAAGCACAGAUUCUAUCUGGGUGCUGGCACUCAGCCACUCCUCUGCCAAUGAAGUACAUCUUGGUCACUGGUGGGGUCAUCUCGGGCAUCGGUAAAGGGAUCAUAGCAAGCAGCAUUGGGACGAUUCUAAAAUCAUGUGGACUCCGAGUUACUGCCAUCAAAAUCGACCCCUAUAUAAACAUCGAUGCGGGCACUUUUUCACCUUAUGAGCACGGUGAAGUGUUUGUCUUAAACGAUGGUGGAGAAGUUGAUUUAGACCUUGGAAAUUAUGAAAGGUUCUUGGAUAUUAAUCUUUAUAAAGACAACAACAUCACCACUGGGAAGAUAUAUCAACAUGUGAUCAAUAAAGAGAGGCGUGGCGAUUACCUGGGGAAAACAGUACAAGUUGUCCCUCACAUUACUGAUGCUGUCCAGGAGUGGGUUAUGAAUCAAGCCAUGGUGCCUGUGGAUGGUCAUAAGGAAGAGCCCCAAAUAUGUGUUAUUGAGCUGGGUGGCACCAUUGGAGACAUUGAAGGAAUGCCAUUUGUGGAAGCGUUCAGACAAUUCCAGUUUAAAGCAAAAAGAGAGAAUUUCUGUAAUAUCCAUGUUAGCCUUGUCCCACAGCCCAGUGCUACUGGAGAACAGAAAACCAAACCCACACAAAACAGUGUCCGUGCGCUGAGGGGGUUAGGCCUGUCUCCCGAUCUGAUUGUCUGCCGAAGUUCAACGCCCAUCGAAAUGGCUGUGAAGGAAAAGAUUUCUAUGUUUUGUCAUGUGAACCCUGAACAGGUUAUAUGUAUCCACGAUGUUUCUUCCACCUACCGAGUACCUGUGCUUUUGGAGGAACAAGGCAUCGUUAAAUAUUUCAAAGAGAGAUUGGAUCUGCCUAUUGGGGAUUCUGCAAGUAAUUUGCUUUUCAAGUGGAGAAAUAUGGCUGACAGGUAUGAAAGGUUACAGAAAACGUGUUCCAUAGCCCUGGUUGGCAAAUACACCAAGCUCAGGGACUGCUAUGCCUCCGUGUUCAAAGCCCUGGAACACUCAGCGUUGGCCAUCAACCGCAAGUUGAAUCUGAUGUACAUAGACUCCAUUGAUCUGGAGCAGACUACCGAAACUGAGGACCCUGUGAAAUUCCACGAAGCUUGGCAGAAACUCUGCAAAGCUGAUGGUGUUCUUGUGCCAGGAGGCUUCGGAAUCAGAGGAACGUUGGGAAAACUCCAGGCGAUUUCUUGGGCACGGUCAAGGAAGAUUCCUUUUCUGGGAGUUUGCCUUGGGAUGCAACUGGCAGUGAUAGAAUUUGCGAGAAACUGCCUUAACUUGAAAGAUGCUGAUUCCACAGAAUUUGAGCCAAAUGCCCAUGUUCCUGUGGUGAUUGAUAUGCCGGAACACAACCCUGGCAAUUUGGGAGGAACGAUGAGGCUGGGAAUAAGAAGAACUGUUUUCAAAACUGAAAAUUCAAUAUUAAGGAAGCUUUAUGGUGACGUUCCUUUUAUAGAAGAAAGACACAGACAUCGGUAUGAGGUGAAUCCUAGCCUGAUCAACCAACUUGAGCAGAAUGACUUAAGUUUUGUAGGUCAGGAUGUCGACGGGGAGAGGAUGGAAAUCAUUGAACUGGCAAAUCACCCCUAUUUUGUCGGUGUCCAAUUCCAUCCUGAGUUUUCUUCUAGGCCAAUGAAGCCUUCCCCUCCAUACCUGGGACUAUUACUUGCGGCAACUGGGAAUCUGAAUGCCUACCUCCUUCAGGGAUGCAAGCUGUCUUCCAGUGAUAGAUACAGCGAUGCCAGUGAUGACAGCUUUUCAGAGCCAAGGAUAGCUGAGUUGGAAAUCAGCUGAAACUGAUACGUGACUUGGAAUCACCAGGACUGCCUGAGAGGGCUCUGAAGUAACCGAAGCCAAGAUGAAGGAACUAUCUAAGGAAAUCACCACACUCAUAGAAUCACUCUUUUCUCCACCAAACAUGGGAUGUACAGCCUCGAGGGGAAUCUAAUAAUAUGCACUUUCAUGAACCAGAAUCAAAGGGGUAGUUUUCUUUUUCCCCCAGAGGUGACCUUUGGUUCCUGCAAAUUUCUGUAGCCAAUUAAACUUUUCCCAGCAACUUCAA